AGGGCAUUCAUCGUCACCACCUCUCUCGCCAACUCUUCUGACAGCGCCCGACACAGAAGCAAAAAGAGAGCACACAGGAUAUGAGCAAAAUACCCGGACACUUUCUAUCCCCCCGACGUUGGAUUGAGGUUGAUGCCGAGAUUUAGCAAGGGUCUGUGAUCUAACACCCAAAGCUGUCAGUUUUGGAGGGUUCUGAACGGAUGACAGCCCAGGAGAUGCACCAGAGUGGCAUCUACAGCUACUUCCUCAACAUGUUUGCCUACCAGAUAUGUUGCUGCUGUGGCCCGGCCCCGUGCUCACUGUGCUGCUCCUUCUGCCCCCCGGUGAAGUCAUCGUCCAGCACGAGGAUCAUGUACACACUCUUCCACAUCAUGGCCUGCGCCGUCUCCUGUCUCAUGCUCUCACGCACUGUCUCCGAGGCUGUCCGGGACAAUGUGCCUUUCUUCAACAUGGUGUGUGACCAGGCCCAUGGCGGAGGGCACUGUGAGAUGCUGGUUGGCUACUCAGCGGUCUACAGGGUCUGCUUCGGCACCGCCUGCUUCUACCUGAUGAUGGCGCUGUUCCUCAUCGAUGUCAAGUCCAGCCAGGACUUCAGAGCGCUCAUCCACAAUGGGUUCUGGUUUCUGAAGUUCAUCACCCUGCUUGGGAUGUGUACUGCUGCCUUCUUCAUCCCUACCGAGUCCUUCCUGCAUGCCUGGCACUACGUAGGCGUGGUGGGAGGAUUUGCCUUCAUCCUCAUCCAACUCAGUCUCAUCACAGCAUUCGCCCACACCUGGAACAAGAACUGGUUAACAGGGGCGGCAGAGGACAAGCGCUGGUACCUGGCGGUGAUGUGUGCCACCCUGUUCUUCUACAGCAUCGCCACCAUGGCCUUCACCUUCAUGUAUAAGUACUACACCCACCCCACCGCCUGCCAGUCCAACAAGGUCCUGCUCUGGACCAACCUGACCCUGUGUGGCAUCAUGUCCUUCAUCGCCGUCACGCCCUGUGUACAGCAGAAACAGCCUCGUUCAGGGCUCCUGCAGGCUUCCAUCAUCAGCUGCUACGUCAUGUACCUCACCUUGUCUGCCCUGUCCAGCCGGCCCCCAGAGAAAAUGGUGUACCAGGGGGUGAAUAUGACGGUAUGUUACCCCAGUGUAGGUCAGGAUGGCAUCCAGAAGGAAACCAACGCGGUGGCCAUUAUAGGAGCUGCCAUCAUGUACUGCUGUGUGCUCUUCGCAUGUAACGAAGCAUCCUACCUAGCAGAGGUAUUUGGCCCUUUCUGGAUGAUCAAAGUUUACCGCUAUGAGUUCCAGAAAGCCACAUGCUGCUUCUGCUGCCCUGACGAAGAGGAAGAGGUGGAGUUUGUGAUUGACGAAGAUAUCAAGGGCUGCCAGAAGGUGAUUCACAACGAGAGCCAGAGAGUGGCUUACAGCUACUUCUUCUUCCACUUCGUCUUCUUCCUGGCCUCGCUCUACGUCAUGAUGACCCUAACCAACUGGUUCAGCUAUGAGUCAGCGGUGCUGGAGACCACGUUCACCCACGGCAGCUGGUCCACGUUCUGGGUGAAGAUGUCGUCGUGUUGGGCAUGCGUGGUGCUCUACCUCUGGCUGCUGCUGAGCCCACUCUGCCACUGUGGCUCCGACUCGCACCGCCCGCGACGCUCCCGCAUUAAACGCCGCUCAGCCAACUCCUCCAGCCACGUCAGUGUCAGCGUCUGACCUGUGACCUUUGGGCCAGAGCCUAGCUUCUGGGGGUGGAGAACAGGAUAGGACAGCUGGCAGGGGAAGAUGGACAAUUGCCCCCGCUGUGGUGCCCUGAAGGUGGAGGGUGGUUUUGAUGAUGUCCCCUUGCACCCUCCACCUGUCUCCCAUGUUGAGGUUGGAUGUCAGGGGUCAGAGAUGAGAGGUCAAGGGUCAGAGACUCACUCCAGCUAGAAGGACAGACUAACAGACUAACCAGAGGAUUAAUGAUUGAAUCUGAUGUUCUUCACACAGACCACCUGAACCUCCAAACAUAGGCCAAGGGACUAACCAGACUGUGCUCUGAAACGGAAACAAAAGACCCUAUACAGAAUCACUACAUCCUGCCAUUCAAACUGAUUUCGCAACAUUUCACUAUUGUUUCACUCGGUGAGUGAAGUAUUCAGUCUGGUUUUACUAGGCUAGAACCACUAUGGACUACUAUGCUAAGACUGCCAAAAGGGAACAAAAAGGAUGAGCUCUCGACUCGUGUACGACUGGAGCUGUAGGGAAAUGUUGGCUGACUUUUUACUCUUUUGGAAUCUUUUAUUUCUUAUAGUAAGGACUGUGUAGCAUUUUUUAAAAUUCCAAACAGGGGUAGAUUUGUCAGUAGGAUCAUUAUUUUUCUCAGUGGUCUCAACAACUGAAGGUUUACCUGAAUGAUUUGUCAGUAGGAUCAUUAUUUUUCUCAGUGGUCUCAACAACUGAAGGUUUACCUGAAUGAUUUGUCAGUAGGAUCAUUAUUUUUCUCAGUGGUCUCAACAACUGAAGGUUUACCUGAAUGAUUUGUCAGUAGGAUCAUUCUUUUUCUCAGUGGUCUCAACAACUGAAGGUUUACCUGAAUGUUUCACACCAUUUCGAAGGUUUACAUGAACAUUUUGGACAUUAGUGUGUUCAUACUGUUUGAUUAUGCUCGCUCUGGUGUGGAGUUAAUGUGAAUGAUAAAAUAAAAUAAAACAUUACUUAACACUUUCGCCAACAGGUAUAAUGCUAUAUUACUUACAAUAAGGCAUAUAAUGUUUUAUUUUGGCAGAGCAAAUUUCCAAUGGACCUAAUAGCUUAUAUAGUCAGGAUCAUUAUGAGUUGAUUACAACACAUUAUAAGGGGUUCAUAUAUGCUUAUGACAAGUCUUUCAAUACAUUAUAUCUGUCGGCUUUAAGUAAAGUGUUACCAAAUAUUCUUAUACCAAUUAUUUAUUUCGCAAUGCCUUUUUAACAUUGUGGGAGUGGUUUAUCCAUUUCUAAAUUGGUUUUUGAAAGGAAAAUGUGGUAAAAUUGUUUUGGCAGUUAAGUUUUACAAGAAACCCUAGCUACAUGACCCUCACAUGUUUGGUUUGAAGGGGCUCUCUGUGAUCUGGGGUGUAUUUGCUAGGAACAGAAUGGAAACAAAUGUGCCGAAACGGGAAGAGACCUACCUGGAAUUUUCCAAUAUGAAAUGCUUGUUUUUGUAUUCACGUUUCAAAAUGCUUCACUACGGAGUGCACUAAUGAAUGCACCCGUGUUUUAGCGAACCAUUGAGGAUCGAGAGCCAAGUUUCUGUGAAGACUUCUCCACAGUUAAUUACCAAUAAUUUGACUCUGUAAAACCUUUGUGUAUGACACUACAUUUAGAUCCUUUUUUUUUAGCUCAUUUCAUGUUACUAUGAUAGCAGAUGUGUGAAGUUAUUUUUGUAAAUACAUUUUGUAAUGAAACACAGCUUCUGUUGAUUAAAGUGUGAUUUUUCUGUAAGCGAACAACCCCUAAAAUCACAUGGAUUUUGGUAAGCGUUAUGGCGAGUGGUUCUCUAAUCACAUGACAUGACUGGGAAAAAAACUAUGGCCCAGAUUAACUAAGAGGGGCACAUUUUGAAUUGUGUGAACUAACUAGAUAGUCAUUUUUAAUGAAGAAAAAUUGUGGCACUUGCUUUAACUCUUUAAGACUAUUUUUGUGGUAGUGGAAGAAGUUUAAAACGUUUUACUUAAGCUAAGCAGUUAAAUAUAGUCAAAGUUAAAUGUAGUAAAAUAAUUGAUCGGAUUACUUUGAUAGACUACCAGAUCAACCUUAUUACUUUGGAUUGUAGGGCAGUUAAAAUCACACAUUUCAUCAGAAAUAACGACACUCUGACUACUACACUUUUAGACACUCUCCUACUAGAAAAUCACAGUAUAUGCAAACUGUAAUAAAAGACAGAAGACAAUGAGGCAUUGUUGAAGUCCUCUCUGGGCUGGAGGGGUAUCAGUGGGAAGAGGGAAGAGGUACCCAUUGGCCGGAAAGGCGGAACCCUUUCCCUGGGAGGACAUCAUCCACUAGUUAACAGAGCAUAGCAUACACAGGGCCCUAUAAAAGCAUUCCAUUUUUGGGCCUGAUCCCGAUUAGUUGUUUCCCAAAUUCCAUUUUCUCCCUUUUGUAUUUUUCAGGUUUUCGCUCUCAGAAAUCACACCUUUUUUUUUUACAGAGUUCUACAGAGUUCCAAGGCCACAAUGCUUGAACCACAUCAGGGCACCACUUUUGAGGUCUGUGAAAAAUUGAAUAAAUUUAGAUUUUUGGGUGUAGUUACCCUUUAAUGCAACUGUGCACCAGCAAGAGACUGUUGUUUGGUUAGUGAUGUUUCUGUGGCGCUCAUAUGAUUGCAGAAUUUGCAAAACAAAUGGCCACUGGAUUGAUGCAAAUAAUCAUAUCAUUCUGCCAGGUAGGUAUAGGCAACUUUGUAGUUUACAUUUAAUUGAGAAGGUUUUGGGAAAAGCCUUUCUAUCUCUACCAGGUGGAGGUUAUCAUUACCAUCAUUGCACGCGCACACACACACGCGCACACACACACGCACGCACACACACAC